AUGAUGAUAUAAAUGAAUGCCAAACAGCAGAUCAGGCACCUAUGACUUACUCAACCUAUUUUGCAUCCCAGGUGGAAGAGUGGACUUUUCUUAAAUGCCUGGAGAAAUACUUUUUAUAUGUGGUCAUCUAUUUAGCAGUGCUAGUUGUAGUAGUCAUGGUACUUUUUAUCAUUCCAUUGUGCAUGCUCUUCUUCCUUUAUGUCUCUUCUUUCUUCUUCCUGAUCUAUCAGAGGACUCAUAAACUACAAGAAGAUUAUUCCAGUAAAAGAUGGGAUAGUGCGCGACUAAUUGUAGCAAACAAGUGGGAUGGAUUGGCAAGAUUUUGGCAUGGUUAUGAGCUACAUGGUACAGAAAACCUGCCAGAUGGACCAGGUCUAAUUAUUUAUUACCAUGGAGCAAUUCCUGUAGACUACAUGUACUUUUUAUCAAGAAUUUUUAUUCUGAAGCACAGAGUUUGCUACUCGGUAGCUGAUAACUUUUUAUUCAGAUUACCAGGUCUUAAACCACUAAUAGAGCUGAUGGGCAUUAUGCGUGGUACAAAGGAAGAGUGUUUAAAUGCUCUGAAAAAUGGGCAUUUAGUGGGAAUUUCACCAGGAGGAGUUCGAGAAGCACUCUUCAGUGAUCAAUCAUACAAGCUUGUGUGGCGUAAACGUAAGGGUUUUGCUGAAGUGGCCAUAGAUGCUAAAGUACCUAUAAUUCCAAUGUACACCCAAAAUGUACGAGAAGGAUUUAGGACACUUGGAAAUACCAUGUUAGCAAGGUGGUUAUAUGAACUUGUAAGAUGGCCUAUCGUUCCCCCAUAUGGUGGAUUGCCAGUCAAAUUUCGGACAUAUAUCGGAGAACCCAUUCCAUAUGACCCAAAUAUAACUGCUGUGGAAUUAGCUAAAAAGACAAAGUCUGCACUCCAGUCAUUAAUUAAAAUGCACCAGCAAAUUCCUGGAAACAUCUGUAAUGCUUUAAAGGAAAGACUUCACGAAGAAAAGAAAAAGGAUUAA